AUGAGGAGACUGAGAUCAUUGUAUUUACAAUCUUCAAUAUGUUUUCGCCGCUUUAACCACUACUCGGCUAAGGACACUGAAGCUCUUCAGCGCAGACUGGAACAGAUUCCAAUUGAGAAUUACCGGAACUUCUCAAUCGUCGCACAUGUCGACCAUGGAAAAUCCACGCUUAGCGACCGGCUUUUGGAGUUUACAGGGGUCAUAAAGGCGGGUGAUUCCAAUAGACAAGUGCUGGACAAGCUGGAGGUUGAGAGGGAACGAGGAAUAACCAUUAAAGCACAGACUUGCACGAUGUUCUACUACGACAAGCGCAGGAAUAAAGACUACCUUCUACAUCUAGUCGAUACUCCUGGUCACGUCGACUUUCGUGCGGAAGUUUCGAGAUCAUAUGCAUCUUGCGGCGGCGCCUUGCUACUGGUGGACGCGUCGCAAGGCGUGCAAGCUCAAACGGUCGCGAACUUCUACCUGGCUUAUAGUAUGAAUCUCAAACUUAUCCCAGUGAUCAACAAAAUUGAUUUAGAUAGUGCUAACAUUCCGCAAGCUGAAGCCCAAAUCGAGAGCACAUUUGAGCUGCCGCGCGCUGAAAUAAUAAGAGUUAGCGCGAAAACGGGAAUAAAUGUGAAGGAGGACCUUCUCCCAGCUAUUAUAGAUCGCAUUCCUCCGCCUACAGGUGUUGGUAAAAAGCCCUUUAGAGCACUGCUGGUUGACUCCUGGUACGACUCUUACCUAGGAGUAGUCCUCUUAGUAAACAUUGUCGAUGGCGUUGUAAAGAAAGGAGAUAGGGUCGUGAGUGCACAAACAGGUAAAAAGUACGAGAUUAAAGAGUUGGGAAUAAUGUACCCAGAUAAGGUGUCUAUGGGCUGCUUGCGGACUGGCCAAGUGGGUUACAUCGUGCCAGGGAUGAAAGAGUCUAAAGACGCCAAGAUCGGCGACACCAUCAUGCAUGUGGGAAAAGAGAGUGUGACUGAAGUAUUGGAUGGAUUCGAAGACCCAAAACCUAUGGUUUUCGUGGGCGCGUUUCCCGCUGAUGGCACUGAAUUUAAGAGCUUGGACGAAGACAUUACACGACUUGUUCUCAAUGACAGAUCGGUUUCUCUACAAAGAGAGUCUUCAAACGCGUUAGGCCAGGGCUGGAGAUUGGGGUUCCUCGGUUCCCUGCACGCUUCUGUCUUCAAGGACCGCCUAGAGAAAGAAUACGGCUCAAAAUUAAUCAUUACACAGCCAACAGUGCCAUAUGUGAUUAAGUUUACGAAUGGUGAAGAGAAGAUCAUCACAAACCCGGAUGACUUUCCAGACCUUUCUCUCAGAAAAACAAGGAUUGAUUCGCUGCAGGAGCCGUACGUGGAAGCGAUCAUCACACUGCCGCAGGAGUAUCUUGGAGCUGUUAUCAAGCUCUGCGAAAACAACAGAGGUAUUCAAAAGGAAAUCACGUAUUUGAACGUUACCGGGCAGGUCCUACUCAAAUAUGAAAUGCCGCUAGCACACUUGGUCGACGACUUUUUCGGAAAAUUGAAGUCUGUAUCCAGAGGCUAUGGAUCACUAGAUUACGAGGACAUCGGCUACAAAGCUUCGGAUAUUGUCAAGCUUGAGCUUGUGCUCAAUGGGAAAAGUGUGGAUGCACUUGCACAGGUCAUGCACAGGUCUCAAGUGGAACGCGUCGGACGGAAGUGGGCAAAGAAGUUCAAAGAGUACGUCAAAUCACAGCUUUACGAGGUCGUGAUACAAGCAAGGGCCAAUAAUAAAGUGAUAGCGCGUGAAACCAUCAAAGCCCGCAGAAAAGACGUAUUGGCUAAGCUUCACGCCUCUGAUGUGUCACGGAGGAAAAAACUACUGGUCAAACAAAAAGAAGGUAAGAAGCAAAUGAAGAGUGUGGGCAACAUUCAAAUUAAUCAAGAGGCUUACCAAGCGUUUUUACGUAGGUGA